AUGCCAUCAGUCUUAUGGGAACAUCUUCCAGAACAGUUAUCACCUCCGAAUUUAAUUGAUACAUCUAAACUAGAAAGAACGAUGAAUAAACGAAAAUAUUCUGAUUUUAAUUUUGAUACAUCGAAUAAACCUGGUUCACCGUGGUAUACUGGUCCAACUAAAAAAAGACGACCAACACAGCGUUCCACUAUGGCUUCGAUGUCUUCAUCGAGAUCUAAUUAUAGAUCUUCGCCAUUGCUCGACAAAACUUCGUCCAUAGAAAAUAUCGAUGAUGAUUUUAUUUCUCCACCAAAACGUCCAUUACAAAAAAAGAAACCUCAAGUAAUAGUUUCAUCGGAUUCUGAUGAUACAAUUAUUAUUGAUGAUGAUGAUGACGACGAUGAUGAUCAUGAUAGUGAAAAAGAACAACGAGAACCGAUCAAAAAGAAAGUUGUGCAUCGACCUGAAAUAACUGAAGAUAAAUUGGAUGUUCAAACACAACGAGCUAUGAAAGAACAAACUGAACGCGAUAAACGCAUUAAACUUCAAGAAGAACGUGAAGAAUUAGCUCGUUUAGAACGCGUCCGAAAACAAAAAGAAUACAAUGGCGAUGUACUUAGUGAACAUGCACAAAAGCAUUUACCAGUUGCAUUUGAAUUAGUACUUGAAACCGAUCGAAAUACAAACAAUAUUGUUAUUGAAGUUGAUUUAAUGCUUGUUCAAUAUAUGAAACAGCAUCAAGUCGAAGGUGUGCGAUUUCUUUGGAGUCAAUUAUUUGAAUCAACAGCACAGAUUGCGGCUAGUCUUGAUAGAGAGACAAAGCUACUUCGAGGCGGCUCAGGUGCUAUUCUAGCUCAUUGUAUGGGUUUAGGCAAAACAUUUACAACUAUAUCAUUAAUACAUACAUUAUUUCGCUAUCCGAAAUUAUGUCAUAUUCGUCGGGUAUUAAUACUUUGUCCAUUAAAUACUGCAACUAACUGGAGAAAUGAAUUUCGACAAUGGAUUGGUGAUCUUCAACCGCAUAUUAAUGUUUAUUUAUUCAAUGCAGAUGAUGUACGGAAAAAAGAUCGUUUGCAAUUUCUUCGUAAUUGGUAUGAAAAUGGUGGAAUAUUAAUCAUGGGCUAUGAAAUGUAUCGAUUAUUAAAUAUUGCACCAGAUACAAAUGCAAAAAAGUCUCGUAAAAAAACCAAGAAGAAACCAAAUUUCAUUGGAAAUAGUGAUGAUGAUUCGUCCGACAGUAGUGACCAAGGAUGGACAAGUAAAUUGGCUAAAACGAAAGCUGAUUUUGCUAUUAUUGAAAAAUAUCGAAAGUACCUUCGUUCACCGGGUCCCGAUUUAGUGGUUUGUGAUGAAGGUCAUAUGAUUAAAAAUCCCAAGAGUGCUGUUGCUCGAAUGGUGAAUGAAAUACGUACAUUACGUCGAAUUGUAUUGACCGGUACACCAAUGCAGAACAAUUUAAAAGAAUAUUAUGCAAUGAUUAAUUUUUGUAAACCAAAUUAUCUUGGUACUGAAAGUGAAUUUUCACGAAAUUUUCGAAUACCAAUCGAAGCUGGUCAACACAAAGAUAGUUCACCGGGUGAUGUUGCAUAUAUGCGACGUCGAGCAUUUGCAUUAAAUCAACGUUUAAAGACAAUUCUUCAUCGACGUGACUUUGAAGUUCUACGUGCAUUUUUACCACCGAAAUUCGAAUAUGCUGUAAAAAUCAAAUGUACACCAUUACAACAAGAACUCUAUCGAACAUAUUUAUUGAUUCAAAAUAUUGAUCCUACAGCUCGGCUAAAUAUGGCGAAGCUACUCGGUGAUUAUCAGUAUUUAAUGAAAAUUUGGACACAUCCAUGGCUAUUGAAACCACAUUUUAUUGAUGGUUAUCAGAAAUAUUUAAAAGGUCAAGAUCGAGUAGAAACAGAUCAAUUUUUUCAAGAUGAUCCAGAUGAUAUCGAAGAUGAAAACGAAGGAUCACGAACUCAAAAGCGUACGAAACAACCAUCUAUUAACAAUCGCAUGCAAUCAACUAUUAAUACUGCUCAACGUGUAACAAGCAAAUAUUUUUCAAUUGAUAACGACAAUAAUGAUGUAGUUAGCACCGAUCGAAUGACCGAUGUAUUGAAUUCAAUGAAACAAGAAUGGUGGUAUGAUAUAUUCGAAGUAGAUCGAUCACAAUUUGAUAUUGAACUUUCGGGUAAAUUUGAAAUAUUUCGAGCGAUUCUAAAUGAAUGCGAAUCGAUUGGGGAUAAACUAUUGGUAUUUACUCGAAGUCUUCUUGCGCUCGAUUACAUCGAACAAUGGCUUGCACGUUGGAGUUCAAGAGCACCUUCGCCUAAAUGGGUGAAGGGUGAGGAUUAUUUUCGUAUGGAUGGAAAAGUUCCAAUUAAGCAACGUGCAGCUGAUGUAAAAGUAUUCAAUGAAACUGAUAAUACUCGAGCACGACUAUUUCUCAUAUCGACUACGGCUGGCGGCAUCGGUAUUAACCUUUAUGCAGCCAAUCGUGUUAUUAUUUUUGACGUCAGUUGGAAUCCUGCUCACGAUCUUCAAGCUAUGUUUCGUUCGUAUCGUCUUGGCCAAAAGAAACCAGUCUAUGUCUAUCGUGUUAUUGGUAAAGGUACUAUGGAGGAAAAAAUAUAUAAACGUCAAAUUACUAAACAGGCGAUGUCACAACGUGUUGUCGAUUCUAAACAACUUGACCGACAUUUUACUAACGAUGAACUUUCUCAACUAUACCAAUUUGAACCAGAUAAUCAAGAUGAUCCAUUGGAUAAAUAUGAUGCUGAUCGAGUUAAAGAUAAAGUUUUAAGAAAACUAAUGGAUCAAUAUGCAGAUUUAAUUGUAUCAUAUCGUGAACAUGAUUCACUUUUAAUUCAUCAUGAUGAACAAAAUCUAACAGAGGAAGAACAAAAACAAGCACAAAACGAGGAUCAUCUUACUAAAACACGAAUAUACGGACGUAAUCAUACAACAGCUGAAAUACCUGUAACUGAUGAUUCAGAUAUUCAAAUUAUAUCGGGACAGGUGUUGGAUUUUCUUCGUCAAAAGCCUGCAUAUUAA